GCGGCACCGCCCGCAGUGCCCCGGAAACAGCGGCCGGGCCCGGCAUGGCGGAGGGGGAGGAGGCGGCCGUGCUGGCCUGGAUGGACCAGGCCCUCGACGUGGCUAAAGAGGCGCUGGAGAAAGGGGAGGUUCCCGUGGGCUGCCUGCUGGUCUACAACGGCGAGGUCAUAGGCAGGGGCAGGAACGAGGUCAACGAGACGAAGAAUGCUACUCGACAUGCAGAAAUGGUGGCAAUCGACCAGGUCCUUGACUGGUGCAAGCAACACAACAGGGAUUAUAAGGAAGUGUUUCCACAGCUGGUGUUGUACGUAACUGUGGARCCCUGUAUCAUGUGUGCAGCUGCUGUGCGCUUGAUGAAAAUUCCACGGGUCGUAUAUGGCUGUCGAAAUGAGCGAUUUGGAGGCUGUGGCUCAGUUUUGAGCAUCUCGUCUGAUGAUAUGGUGGACUCAGGAGACCCAUUUGAAUGCUCUUCUGGCUAUCGUGCUGAAGAAGCAGUGGAAUUGCUAAAAGCUUUCUACAGACAAGAAAAUCCCAAUGCCCCAAAAUCAAAAGUGCGGAAAAAGGAUCGUCGUCAGCAGCCCUACACUGAUGGGAAACAGAAACUUACCAAAAAUGAUACGUGAAGGUUUCUUCAGCAUUCUACUUUUUAAAAAUGUGCAGUUCAACCAAACUAUGUUUAGUUUUCUGUACAGUUUUUACUAAUAUACUUAGUACCUUCUCCUGUGUUUCUGUGUUUAUGAUUUCUUGUUAUCAUGACAAAACAAAAGAAUAAAUGGGUGUUUCUUAGAAAGAGGAGAAUUUAUAGUUCAAGACCACUCGUUUACAGACACACAGAUCCAUUAAAAUGAUGUUUUUGUACAGCACAUUCUAGAAUAUUUUUUUCUUCUGUCUGUGGAGAAGCAUCUUGCUUUUCAACAGCAAAUGUUUGCUUAGGCAAGUCAGUAAACUCUCUUGAAAGGUUACAUUUGUAAGUACUUGACAGUCCAUGUGUGUAUAUUUAUUCAAAAGGCAUAUAAAGGAAUUGUACAGUCCUUGGAGACUUAAAACCAUUGUAAGUGUUUCUUCCCUUUUUUUUUUGCACUCUCUCUAGCCAAAUUUUCAGACGUGAUUUCUGAAAGUCACACAGCUGUGCAGACAGGGCCAUAGGCACCAUCACGUCCCAGUUUGUGUAUGCUAUUGCUUGAUAAGGAUAAGCAAACAUCACUUGGCUGCACAGCACCUUCAUACAAAGUUGUGGAGAAACUUUCCAAAGYUCUCAUUAGACUGUCCACUCCUCUUGUGUAUGCUAGGGUAAGAAGUACUUCAUUUUUAAAAAUCCUCUAAGAAGUUGAARCUGUUUUCAGGUACCAAAUUAUAGUAACUGAGAUGGGCAAAUACAAGUGAAAACMUAGAAAUUAAGGUGGCAAUAAGAUGAAUAAAAUAUAUUUAAGGUUUUUAUCUUUUCA